AUGCGCACCGCUCUUGCAGCUGAGCAGAGAACCUGCCAGGAACUCCGCAAUACCGUUGACGAGAUGGUUCUUGAACUUGAUUCGACCAGACCCGAAAUUGAGGAGGGACGAGCAGAACAAACUCGUCUCGAUCAUGCUGUUGUGGAAAUGUCUACUCUCCUCGAAGCAGCCGGAAAGGAACGGGACACCGCCCUUAAGGAAUCCAGAAAAUGGCAAGGUCAAGUCGAGGGCUUGGCUCGCGAGGGCGACAUUCUACGCCAGCAACUCCGCGAUCUGAGUGCGGAAGUCAAGGUUCUCGUCCUUGAGGUUGCUGUUGCCAAACAUGGCGAAGAAUACGACCGCGAGGAGCUCGAGAAAAUUGCUCGGGGUGAAGUGGAAGAGUCGGCAAAGGAUCUCAAUGAAACUGGCCGCUUUAUCAGCAAGCACCUUACAACUUUCAAGGAUCUUCACGAACUCCAGGAUCAGAAUCACACUCUCCGACGAAUGUUGAGAGAGCUUGGUGACAAGCAGGAGGGCGAAGAGGCGCAAGCCAAGGAAGCUACUCGACGGGCAGAAAUCGACGAGCUGAAGGAAUUGCGUAUCCGUGCGCAGACAAACCGUGAUGAGAUUGCGAACCUCAGCGCACAGAUGCAGAGUUACGUCAAGGAGCGCGACACAUUCCGCAGUAUGCUUAUGCACAGAAAGCCAACCGUCGACGACCAGUCUGUCUUCUCACAAUCCAUGCCUCUUGGUGCUGCUCCUCAGGGAGCCAUGGAUACAUCAGGACCUGACUACGCUGAGUUGCUCCGCAAGGUUCAAGCCCAUUUCGACACUUUCCGUGAAGAAACGACGACAGACCACAAAGCACUGCGGCAGCAGGUCAAUGAGCUGUCCCGUAAGAACAGUGAGCUUAUGUCUGAUAUCAGUCGGUCAAGCAGCCAGCUUGCUGCUGCUUCCCAACGUGCGGAGCUUUUGCAGAGUAACUUCAAUAUGCUCAAGAAUGAGAAUACCGAGAUCCAAAAGCGCUAUUCUGCUCUCUUCGAAAAUGCAAACCGACAGGAUCUGCGCACCCAGCAAGCUGCUGAAGACCUCGUGGAGGCCAAGGGUCUUGUUGAGAGCCUUCAGAGAGAAAGUGCCAACCUGAAGGCCGAGAAGGAGCUUUGGAAGAAUAUUGAGAAGAGGCUCAUUGAUGAUACCGAGAAUUUGCGGAACGAGCGCAGUCGUCUGGACUCAUUGAACGCAAACCUCCAAACUAUUCUCAACGAGCGUGAACACACCGACUCCGAGAGCCGACGCCGACUCCAAGCUAGCGUCGAGUCACUCGAAACCGAACUGCAAUCGACAAAGCGCAAGCUCAAUGAUGAAGUGGAGGAAUCCAAAAAGGCUAGCAUGCGCCGGGAGUAUGAGCAGGAGACAUCGCAAAAACGAAUUGAUGAUCUGGUCACUAGCUUGGGCUCAGUCCGCGAAGAGCUGGUUGCCGCCAAGACCACCCGGGAUCACUUGCAGUCCCGUGUAGAUGAGCUUGCAGUUGAGCUCAAGAGUGCCGAAGAGCGUCUUCAGGUCUUGAACUCGCGACCAAGCGUGUCUGCCGGUACCACCGAGGGACCUACUGAGGGUCAGGAGCCUGGUGAAGGAAGCGGACUUUCUCGGGAGCAGGAACUUUCAAUUGAAGUUUCCGAACUGAAACGGGACCUGGAAUUGGUGAAGGGUGAACUAGAACACGCCAAACAACUGGCUGAAGACUACCAGGCCAUCAGCCAAGCCAGUGAAGAACGUCUAGAGUCCGCCACCGAGACACAGGAGCAAUACCGUGAAGAGACCGAUCGUCUUGUGGAGGAGAAGAAUACUAAGAUCCAGGACCUCGAAACUCGCAUUGAAGAGAUCUCAGCUGAAUUGUCCGCCUCCAGCACUGAAAUGACCAAGCUCCGCGAAGAGCAAGCGGAGGCAACGCGCCGUCUGGAAGAGCAGAAGGCCAACUUCGAGUCGGAUAUUACUCGUCUCAAGGCCGACAACGAACGACAUGUCACUGCUGCGCAGUACCAUCAGGAGGACCUGAACGCGCAGGCCGAAAUCGCCAAGCAUGCCCAACAGAACUACGAGACCGAGCUUGUUAAGCACGCCGAGGCAGCGAAGAAUCUACAGGUUGUUCGUGCAGAGAGCAACCAGCUCAGGCUCGACAUCGCUGAGCUGCGAACCCAAUCCGAAGGCUACAAAACGGAUCUGUCUCAGAAGGAGGAAAGCUGGGCGGAGCAACGUGCCACGUACGAGGGCGAGCUCUCUGAACUGCACAAGCGUCGGGAGGAGGUUCUUCACCAGAAUUCUGUGCUUCACACCCAGCUCGAAAAUAUCACCAGCCAGAUUUCGUCCUUGCAGCGGGACCGAAUGAAUGUUUCGGACGAUGAGACAGAGGGAGACCAGGCCGCCCCUAAUCUCGAAGGCCUACAGGAGGUUAUCAAAUUCUUGCGUCGCGAGAAAGAAAUUGUCGAGGUUCAAUACCACCUUUCAACCCAGGAAAGCAAGCGACUCAACCAGCAACUCGACUACACUCAGUCGCAGCUUGAUGAGACCCGCCUCAAGCUCGAGCAGCAGCGCCGUGCUGCGGCCGACAGCGAUCACAACGCGUUGAAUCACAGCAAGCUGUUGGAGACUAUCAACGAGCUCAACGUUUUCCGUGAGAGCAACGCUACUCUCAGAAACCAACUGAAACAAACCGAGGCCGUGCGUGAUCAAAAGAUCGCUCGCGAGAAUGAGCUAGUUCAGGAGAUCGAACCCCUCAAGACCAAAAUCCACGAGUUGGAGAGCCAGAGUGAAGCCAAGGAUGGAGAAAUGCAGCUUCUACAGGCCGAUCGCGACCGAUACCAACAACGUAUUCAGAACAUCCUUCAAAAGUACGAUCGUGUCGAUCCUACUGAAAUGCAAGAGCUGAAGGAGAAGCUCACGAGCCUUGAGAACGAAAAGACAGAGGCCGUGUCCGAGCGGGAAGCUCUCCAGACUCAGAUGGAGUCCCUUCAGGCUCAAAUCGCCGAGUUCCCAGAGCAACUCAAGCAGCAUUCCGAUGAACGUGCACAAGAUUUACGAUCCAAGCUCACAGAGCAAUUCAAGGCACGCUCUAAGGACCUUAGCGCGCGUGUCAAAGCCAAGCAAGACGAGCUCAAUGCGUCCUUGCAGGAGAAGGAGGUCAUCCAAGCGGAACUUCAGACUACAAAGAAUGAAUUGGAGGCACUGAAGAUCAAGGUGGGAGAGGCGCCAGCCAAUGUGUCUCCUGCUCCUGCUCGUGCUCCUGCUGCAGAAGAAGAAGUCCCCGUCAACGCUACCCCGGCUUCACAAUUCCCAACCGCGACUGUCGAAAUCCCUGGUCCUGGUGACGCUCAAAAGAUACAAGCCCUUGAGCAGAAGAUCCAGCGUCUCGAGGCAGCUCUUGCAGAGAAGGAUGGACUUCUGGCGGCACAGGUCAGCGAACAAGAUGCGAAGAUCAAGGAACGUGCCGACCGCCUUAAGGAUAUGUACAACUCUAAGCUGAACGAGGUCAAGGCUGCUCAUCGUCAAGAAAUUGAGAAACUGUCCGCCGGUGAACAAUCCGUACCUGGAACACCGGGUGCGGGCCCAGAUGCAACCCCUGCAACUCCGUCAAAGACGUUUGAGCUUGCCGGAUUUACUAUUCCCGAGUUGACAGAUGCUCAAGCAAGAGAGCUGGUCGCGAAGCAUGAGACUAUUCGCACAAUCGUCCGAAACAACAUCCGUGGUCAAGUGGCACGCGAGCAACAAAAGCUCCAACAAGAAGCCCAAGCCUCCUCCAGUGCUACUGAAGCCGCAUUGACUGGACUGCAACAGAAGUCCACCGAGGAAAGGGAGGCCUUGGUCAAGGCCCAUGAGAAUGAAAUCAAGGAGAAGGUCAGCUCAGCGGUCGAACUCGUCGAAAAGAAAACCGCUGCCCGUCUCAGCAUGCUCGACACCAGAUUCCGAACUGCGAAUGCCAAGCUUGAUGUUGUAUCAAAGGCUGCCACGGAAACUCCUCAAAGGCCCGUUGUGGAAGUAUGGGAAAUUGCAAAGACUGCCCGGCCUGCACCGGUCGCGGUUCCGGCUGCUAAGCCGCCCGUACCAGCAGCAAUCCCAGUCCAACCCGUUGCUCCCGCUCCAACUCUAGCUGCGCCGCAAGUCCCAGUUACAGCUCCCUCGGCCCCAGUCCCUGCAUCGGCCCCUGCCCCUGCCUCUGUCCCUGUUGUAGCAGCCCCGAAUGUUCCAACGCAGGAAGUCGCGCCUCCCACUGCACCUUCCGAACCCGCUGCCCCCCAGAAAGGCGAGGCACAGCCCACAGCGCCAGCCAAUCCCUUCGGCCAAGUUCAGCAAACCGAUCAAAACCAGCCGGCCCCUACUCUUCCCAGCAAACCUCCCGCUGGAAACCCACCUGGUCUGAUGCGAGCUCUUCAAUCCGGGCUUCCUAUUGCACGAGGCGGACGUGGCGGACGUGGUGGUGGCCAGCAAUUCGGCCAUCAACAACAUGAUCAACAGCAGCAGCAAGGUCAAGGUCAUGGCCAGAGCCAAAACCAGCGCGGCCCGGGCCUCCAGCGAGGUCGUGGCGGUCGUGGUGGACAAGGCCGCGGUGGUAACCAAAAUCAAAGUAACGUCGCCCAGGCUCAGAGCCCUACUGCCAACCGUGGGAACCUGAGUGCUUCGGCCCGUCAGUUCAUUCCUGGGGGCAACAAGCGUUCUCGUGAUGACGGCCCCGACACUACCACCGAAGGUGGAAGUGGUGGAAAGAGACAGAGAGGUGGUGGUGGGCCCCAGCCUCGUGGUGGAGGCUCUUCUUGA